UUUGAGCGAAUCGCAAGUUCGCAUGUCUUUUGGUAAUGACGUAUCCUGUUUUAUAAAACGAUUAUUUGUUUUAGUGAAAAGAUAAUAUAUUCAAGAGAUCAUUUUGGAAAUACUGCAGUUGUACAAUGAAUAAGUGUCUUUGACGUAUAGUAUCCAUCUCCAAUAGCAUUUGAAGUUACUUGUGCAAUAAACGAUGCCGAAAACUAAGGUGACGGGUGCUACCAGCAGAUUGAAGCAAGACUAUCUCAGGCUUAAAAAUGACCCAGUACCGUAUGUAACUGCGGAACCUGUGCCAUCUAACAUCCUGGAAUGGCAUUACGUUGUAAAGGGCCCCGAAAAGAGUCCAUACGAAGGAGGUUACUAUCACGGCAAAAUUAACUUCCCCAGAGAAUUCCCAUUUAAGCCACCAUCUAUUUAUAUGAUUACACCCAAUGGAAGAUUUAAGACAAACACUCGCUUAUGUCUCAGCAUAACCGAUUUUCAUCCAGAUACUUGGAAUCCAGCAUGGUCAAUCUCAACCAUAUUGACAGGGCUACUUAGUUUUAUGUUGGAGAAAACUCCAACACUGGGGUCUAUAGAGACGUCGGACUACCAAAAACGAUGUUUAGCGGCUGAAUCGCUCGAAAUAAAUCUUAAAAACAAGAUAUUCUGUGAGCUAUUUCCAGAAUAUGUAGAAGAGAUUGAAAAGUUGAUCAAACAGAGACAGGAAUCUAUGCGGCAUGCCAAAAAAUCCAACACAAAUAGAGCCAGAGAAGUGACAACAGAACAGCAAUCGAACAUGUACUACAUUGUAACAAAUCUCUUAGUGCUUGUAGGCUUUGUAUGUCUUGCAUGCAUGGUGAAAUAUGUUAUAGUUUCUAUCUCUGAUUAGAUCAAAACACAAGUUGAGCAUAAAAAAAGAUUAUUCAAAAGUUAAAUGUAAAUAUUGUAACUUAUUUUGUAAAUAUAAAUAUUAUUUUCUCUCCAUCUCUAUGUUCAGUUCUUAGACUGAUGGGUGCUUGGCAAAUGUGGCUGAUGUUUGCACAUGUCACCACAAGAGCUUUUAUUCAAGUGAAGUUUUUCAAUAGCAAUCUCAAACACCACAUAGGUUAUAGAAACACAAUAGUAAAACAUUGCAAUAUUUUAUAUCUAGUAUAUGCUAGUAAAAUUCAGCAAUUUAUAGGGAAAAUUGGAAAGUAAUUCCAAAAUAUUUUAAGCAAUAGUUUGAAAAAAUAUUUUAAUAAAAUUAGCAUAGUUUAAAUAAUUUGCAGAUUUAGAAGUAGAAGCUAUGUGCUGGUUAUUUUUGAAUGAUAUAAAAGAAAAGUAAUAUUAUAAAAUAAGGCUACAUUCAUUCCUGAAACAUAUA